AUGAGCGCAUCACCCAACCCCAAUGGCGCCGGCGCCGCCGCCGCAAACGCACCCACCUCCAUCAACGAAGCGCGCGACCCCUCCGGCUUCCUCAGCGAAAUCAUUGGCGCGCCCGUGACCGUAAAACUAAACUCUGGCGUCGUGUACCGCGGCGAAUUGCAGAGUGUAGACGGAUACAUGAACAUUGCGCUCGAGCAAACAAACGAGAUUGUGGAUGGAAAGACGAGAAGAAAUUACGGGGAUGCGUUUGUGAGGGGCAAUAAUGGUAUGUGUUUUUGCGUAAGAGUUUGA